AUGCAGAACUCAAGUCAGUGGGCAGAAACGACCAGCAGCAGUGAGAAUUGCAGUUUUACAGCCAUCAACAGCUUGGCAUGGAGCCUGCAGCUGGGGCUCUCCAUCCCCACCUUCAUCCUCGGGCUGGUUCUCAACAGCCUGGCCCUGUUUGUGUUCUGCUGCUUUUGGAGAAAGCAGACCAAGACCUCGGUGUACAUGAUCAGCCUGGUGCUGGCAGACAUCCUGCUGCUGCUCUCGCUGCCACCAAAGCUGUACUACUCUGUCACCAAGGUGCCUGGCCUGCUCUGCUCCCUCAUACAGGCUCCUUACUUCGUCAACACCUACACCAGCAUCUUCAUCAUUGUCUGCAUCACCGUGGACAGGUACAUCUGCAUAAGGCACCCCUUUGAAGGUCGAGCUAACCAGUCCCCCAGGUGGGCCGUGGUGAUUUGCUGCUUCAUCUGGGCAGCAGCUUGGAUCUGCAGCAUCCCAAUUUAUGUGUUUCAGAAGAAGGAACCUAUUAAAUGCUUUCACAACAUGUCAGACCAGACGUGGAGUGUGCCCUUCAUUGUUUCUGUGGAAGUGUUUGGGUUUCUGAUCCCUCUUGCAGUGAUGGUUUUCUGCUCUGCCCAAACCAUCUGGAUUCUUCUGAAUCACAAAACCCAUGCCAAAAAGAGCGUGGAAGAGAGCGGCUCGUUGCGAGUGAUCGUCAUCAACCUGGUGGUGUUCCUGGUGUGCUUCACCCCCGUCCACCUUGGCAUCCUGCUGCAGUGCCUGGUGAGGCAGCACCUGAUCGUCAGCUGCAGGCUGAGGCAGGCCAUCAGCCUCUUCCUCCAGGUGUCCAUGACAUUUGCCAACCUGAACUGCUGCCUCGAUGCCAUCUUCUACUACUUUGCAGCAAAGGAGUUCUGUAAGAAAGCACACCUGAGGAGGGCCACUGAGCUGUGUCCUGUCCUUAACCCCUGUGCCGUGCGAUGGCACUGCCAGCGCUGGGAGAACGCCCCGUGCCAGGACACUGACAGUGCUGUGCCUGACGUGGCAGGGCCCGUGCCACAGGGAGAAGGACAAUGA